AUGGAAGGGAGCCGAUGGUGGCUGUGGGUGCUGGCCCUGCAGCCGGCCUUACCUCUCGAGGGCUCAGGUGGCUCCUCCGUGGGUCGACCCGGGCGCUGCUUGGACUCCGGCGUCCUCCCCAAGAGGCAGCCAAGAAACCUCUUCCCGGCCCUUCACGGCUGCGCCCUCCUGCCACCCUUCUGCGGCAGCCUGCGCCUCGACGGCCGGCGGGCGGCCCAGGGCCUGUGUCUGGGCUGGGGAGGGGAGAAGCCAGCCGCGCAGGGCAGCGCGGGCUCCCUUCCAGCACCGCGGCAGAAUUUGAUCAGCCAGCCGGCCCAGAGCUGCUUCCAGUGGGGAGGUCUGUGGUGGGGGCUGACGGGUAUCAGCCAGGCCACUGGCCGCGGCAGGCGUGGAGGGGAGCGGGCAGGGCUGGUAGCCGGUGCCGAGGGUGGCAUGGAUAUGAACCUGGUGGUCCGAGAGGCCAGCCAGGGCCUCGCCCUAGACCUCAACAGCCUCCCUGGGCCUGCACCCCCCAAGACAGCCAAGAAAACUAAAAAGGGUGUUCUCUUCUUUGAGGUGGAGAUUCUGGACGCAAAGACGCGAGAGAAGCUGUGCUUCCUGGACAAGGUGGAACCCCACGCUACCAUUGCUGAGAUCAAGAACCUUUUCACCAAGAGCCACCCACAGUGGUACCCUGCCCGCCAGUCCCUCCGCCUGGACCCCAAGGGCAAGUCCCUAAAGGAUGAGGAUGUGCUGCAGAAGUUGCCCGUGGGCACCACGGCCACGUUGUACUUCCGGGAUCUUGGAGCCCAGAUCAGCUGGGUGACGGUAUUCCUGACUGAGUAUGCAGGGCCCCUUUUCAUCUACCUGCUUUUCUACUUCCGAGUACCCUUUAUCUACGGCCACAAAUACGACUUCACCUCCAGUCGGCACACAGUGGUGCACCUCGCCUGUAUCUGCCACUCAUUCCACUACGUCAAGCGCCUGUUGGAGACGCUUUUCGUGCACCGCUUCUCCCAUGGCACCAUGCCCCUGCGUAACAUCUUCAAGAACUGCACGUACUACUGGGGCUUCGCUGCCUGGAUGGCCUAUUACAUCAACCACCCUCUCUACACUCCCCCCACCUAUGGAGCUCAGCAGGUGAAGCUGGCGCUUGCCAUCUUCGUGAUCUGCCAGCUCGGCAACUUCUCCAUCCACAUGGCCCUGCGGAACCUGCGGCCGGCAGGGUCCAAGACGAGGAAGAUCCCAUUUCCCACUAAGAACCCCUUCACGUGGCUCUUCCUGCUGGUGUCUUGUCCCAACUACACCUAUGAGGUCGGGUCUUGGAUUGGCUUCACCAUCAUGACACAGUGUCUUCCAGUGGCGCUCUUCUCCCUGGUGGGCUUCAUCCAGAUGACCAUCUGGGCCAAGGGCAAGCACCGAAGCUACCUGAAGGAGUUCCGCGACUACCCGCCCCUGCGCUCGCCCAUUGUCCCCUUCCUGCUCUGA